AUGUUGCGAUACGCGCUGUUUUUUAUGUUGUUCACCGCGGUUUUAGCCAAAUAUGAAAUCUAUGAUGGCCAUGCUGUCUACCGAGUGUCUGUAAAAACUGAGAAACAUGCACAGAUAUUGCAUAACCUGGAGAUCCACAACAACUUGGACUUCUGGCAGCGAGCGGCGCCGGGUCAUGAGGCUAUAGUGCUGGUUGCUAAGCAACUGCGUCUGCUGGUUGAGACAACACUACUUUUUAACGGACUUACAUACACCGUUGAAGUUGAAAAUGUUAAACCGUACCUAGACCGUGAGAAUGAUUUACUUUCUGAUGCUGCUAAAAGGAGCAGGGUGUUAUCAAGUAGCGGAAGGUUGACUUUGGACAAAAUUCACACAUAUGAAGAGGUUGAAGCUUACAUGGAUGACUUGGCAAGGACCUACCCAAAACUCGUUACCGUGGUGACAGCAGGUCAAAGUUUUGAAAAGAGACCUAUUAGGUACCUUAAAAUCUCUACAACUAACUUCCAAGAUUCUACAAAACCUGUAGUUUUCGUCCAAUCUCUGCUUCACGCUCGUGAAUGGGUUACCCUCCCAGCCAGUCUUUACGCCAUACAGAAGUUAGUUGUGAACGUGACAGAAAGUGACUUGGUGGAUAGAAUUGAUUGGAUCAUUCUGCCAAUUGCUAACCCAGAUGGUUACAUUGCAUCGCAUGGAGAAGAAAGAUUCUGGCGCAAGAACCGUGCCACCGGCUACGCCCCAUUGGACGUUUGCACCGGAGUAGACCUGAAUCGCAACUUUGACUUCAUGUGGGGAACUCAAUCCAGUGACAUCGUCUGCACUGAGAUCUUCCACGGCCGAAGCGCCUUCUCCGAACCGGAGACCCAGGCAGUCAAGACUAUUUUUGACCAAUACAAGAGUCGUAUGCAACUCUUCAUAGACAUUCAUAGCUACGGAAGCUUAAUACUCUACGGUUAUGGAACAGAAGAGCUACCACCAAACGCACUAAACCUUCAUCUAAAUGGUAUAAACAUGGCCCAAGCUAUCGAUGCUGUUAAGAUGUCUCACAACCGAGAUUAUAGAGUUGGAAACUCCGCGAUGGUAUUAUACAAAAACUCUGGAACUACACCAGAUUAUGCUCAAUCUAUUGGAGUUCCUCUAUCCUACACCUACGAGCUACCUGCUUCAAGACUUGGCUUCCACGUUUUAGGCUUCCUUGUAGAUCCUGACUUCAUCGAACAGGCUGGAUAUGAAACAUGGGAGGGAAUUAGGACUGGUGCAAGUUUAAUAUGUUAUACUAUAGUUGUUGUUUUAAAUAUAUUUUUAUGUGUUUAUGGAAAAAAUGAAGAGUACAAAGGCUUCAAAAUAUACAAUGUAGAAUUGGUAACCGAAGAACAACAGAACAAUUUUAGUCUGUUGAAAAGUGAUGAAAUAGACUUUUUGAGAAAACCAUCCUUUAAAUACGGUGUUAUUGGCAAGGCGAUGGUUCCGCUUUCUGAAGUUCAUUGGUUUGAAGAAAAAUUGCACGAGCUUGGUGUGGAACGAAAUAUUGAAAUAGAAGACCUUUAUCAGUAUAUGUUACAACAGGAUACAAAUCUAAAACAAAACAACGAAGCUUCAUUUGAUUUUGACGGUUACUAUAGAUAUGAUAAGAUUUUAGCCUACAUGCAGUCAAUUGAAGCCCGCUACCAAAACUCAACUGAUAUAGAAAUAACACUGUUAGAAGUCGAAACAACAGAUGAAAAUCGAACCCUAGCUUACUUAAAAUUGGGCAAAGCAAACAGCAAUAACUCUGCUAUCAUCAUAGAAGCUGCAAUCAAUCCUAGAGAGUGGAUAACUGUACCAGCUGCGUUGAAUGUCGUAGAGAAAGUAAUUGCUGAAAGAAGACUGUUAGAUCAUUACGAUUGGAUUAUUAUACCGGUUUUAAAUCCAGAUGGCUACGAAUAUACACACACUAAUUUACGUUUCUGGCAAAAGAAUCGCAGCACCCGAAGUAAUCUCGGCGUCAUAUGUCCAGGAGUUAAUAUAAACCGAAACUUUGACAUCGAUUGGCUUAUAUCAGAUUCUAGUUCGAGUCCAUGCAGCCAUUUAUACGGUGGUACUGAAGCAUUUUCGGAACCCGAAGCUAGGUUUAUUAGGUCGAUACACCAGGAGUAUAGAGAUCGUACUCGAUUGUAUAUAUCUCUUCAGAAUUCUGGUGGUUUCAUCGCUUAUCCGUGGCAGUAUGAAAGAGCUGCAAGUGGGAUGUUCAGACAGCAUUAUCUCUUAGGAUUACAAAUGGCGAAUGCUAUAGGGGGUUCCAAUCUAGAUAUCGCAGCCUUGGCUUAUGGCGAUAGAGCGUCAGGAACGAGUACAGAUUAUUUAACAAUGAAUAGCGUUUUGUACGCGUUUAACGUUGAUGUCGAAGGUUCUGGUAGGGACAAUGUUGAAAUACCAGAGGCUGAAAUAAGAAAUGUAGUAGAUAAAGUAUGGAGUGCGAUAAAAGUUGCCGCUGAUAGUUUCUUAAAUUAA